AUGGGUCUGGGAAAUGAAAGUGUGGUGACAAUAUUUGUAAUUUUAGGAUUUCCUGGAAGUCCAUCAUUGCAGUACUUGUUGUUCUUUUUACUAUGUAUCACCUAUAUAAUAACCCUUCUCAGCAAUAUUGUGAUCAUUGCUAUAAUAUGUAAAGAGAGAUGCCUUCACACCCCUAUGUAUUUCUACUUGCGCAUAUUUUCUUUAUUGGAAGUCUGCUAUGUCUCUGUUAUUGUCCCCAAGAUUCUGACCACCAUUACUCAACAUGGGAGACUUAUUCCAUAUUCCAGCUGCAUCACACAACUUUUUUUCUUCUUCUUUCUUAGUUCCACUGAAUGUUUUUUGCUGAGUGUCAUGGCUUUUGACCGUUAUUUAGCAAUUUGUCAUCCCCUACGUUACCCAUCUCUUAUGGACAUGGACAUGUGUUGGAAUUUAACAAUAUGCUCAUGGUUUGGUGGUUUCAUUACUACCUUUCCUCCAAUACUACUGAUCUCCAGGCUUCCAUUUUGUGAAAGUAAUUUAAUCGACCAUUUCUUUUGUGAUGCACCCCCUCUUUUAAAACUUUCAUGUGCCGACACAAAUCUGAACGACCUCUUGGAUUUUAUUUGUGCUUCUGUAGUAAUAGUAACUUCUCUCAUAGUGACUCUGAUUUCUUACCUCUAUAUUCUAAGAACUGUUCUGAAAAUGCCUACUGCUAAGGGGAGAACAAAAACAUUUUCUACCUGUGGCUCCCAUUUAAUUGUAGUCAUUAUUUAUUAUGGGGCUGUUAUAUUUAUGUAUGUGAGACCAAAGGUGGGUUUUACCUUCAGUCUCAAUCGAAUAGUGGCAGUGUUUUACACAGUAAUUACCCCUAUUUUAAACCCUAUUAUUUAUUGCCUGAGAAAUAGAAAUGUGAAAAGUGCAUUUAGAAAACAUCUUGCGGAGAAGCGCUUUAGUGGUGUCAGAGGAUAG